UCCCUUAACGGUCUUAGUAGCCCAUGUGGGAUGCUUAAAAAAGGUGUUUUAGUGCACGUCAUUGUGAGCUUGGUAAUGUUGUGUGAAAUAUACAAGCUGGCAACUCGUGGAGUGCCAUCUUUCCUCUUAUUAAGCAGGCCAAUCAGAAAGCUGACACCGCCACCCAGCCCGAGUUGCGUUUCUUCAAACAUUCAUCAGUCGUCUUCUGGUCGUGAACGUGUCAAGACACGCGUGCACCUGCUCACACACUCUGCCUUCACUCACCCUGUGCAGUCAUGGUAAGUACACAGUGAUGUGAUAUGAAUUAGCUGAAUAAUUUGCCUUCUUGUUGAAGUCAAUUUUAUGAUGUUGUUAUAUAAGUGAAGUGCCGAAAUUACUUACAAAAAAAGUGACAGUCCCGUUCGGGAUGAAAGGGUGACUUUCUACGGAUGACCCUCAUCCCAUGUGGGCUCUAUCGGUCGACUUUCAACGGAGGAUGUUCAUCCCAUAUGGGCUUUCUCUGUCGACUUUCGACGAAGGAUGCUGCUCCCAUUAUGACCUCUUGUUAUAUGAAAUAACAGCUAUUGCAUUGUUGUUUUAGGGAAAUGUUGCAAAUAAAUAUUGUUCCUAUCCAACUUUGAUUUUAUUUGUGCAGAUAUAGUGCUGUCAUGUACCUACUGGUAACUUUUUCCAAAGAUUACAAAUAAUUUAUUAAUUUUAAAAAUUUUCUUUGCAGUUUUCGAAGGCAAUGUUUUAUGGGAGACGGAAUGCUGCCUUGGAGAACCAGGACAUGGAGCAAGCUGACUGGAUAGCUCCAUUAGAGCCUGAAGGCAGUGACAUCGAGGUUGAUGACCCCGAAGACUGUGACAUCAGGGACCCUACCUUCACUCCUGACGACGACCUAGACCAGGAUGAAGCAUAUGAAGAACCUUCAACUUCUAGAGGUAGACAAGGUCACAAGGUCAGUAGGGUUAUCCCUCAAGCUAUGCCGGAGGAAGAGGAGGAAGUGCAAUCUUCUAGUAAGAAGUCCAAGAAUCGACACUGGAAGAAGGAAGACAUUCAAUAUGAGCCUCUGCCUGACUUCAUUCAUCCUCGUCCCGACUUUCUGAGACAGCCGUAUGAGUACUUCUCUCUUUUCUUCACUUCCGAAGUGAGAGAACACAUUACAUACCAGAGUAACCUGUACUCCAAGCAGCAGGAUGUGGCCAGUAACUUCAACAUGAGUGAAGAGGAACUUUUGGUUUUCCUGGGCAUCAUAAUGUACAUGGGGCUGGUUCCUUUGCCCAGUAUUGUGGACUAUUGGGCUGUCCAGACAAGAGUUCCUCAAGUUGCUGACUUUAUGUCGAGGAACCGCUUUAAGUCAAUACGUUCGAAGCUGCACUUCAAUGACAAUGACCAAGCAAGUGGAUCACAAGACAAGUUUUUCAAGGUGCGACCAAUCUUCACCAAUGUUACCAAGGAGUUCCUGAAGGUGCCUGAAACUCCAGUCAAUUCCAUAGAUGAGGUGAUGGUCGCGUACAAGGGAACUACGGCUGGUAACCUUCGCCAGUAUGUAGCCAAGAAGCCAGACAAGUGGGGCUACAAGCUUUUCUGCCGUUCCAGUGUGGACGGGUUUAUACAUGAUAUCCUCAUGUAUCAAGGAGCUCCAACCUUUGUGAGCCACCCUACAACACUUUCAGAAGAGGAGAGCUCAAUGAAUGUGACUACAAAGUUUGUUGUUGCCUUAGUCAAGACCAUCAAAGACCCAAGGAAUUCAGCUGUGUAUGCUGACAAUUACUUUACAAGCAUUGGCUUAGCAGAGUACUUGAGGUCCCAGUAUGGAUGCCGAUAUGUGGGCACUGCUAGGGAGAACAGAGUUGGCUUUCCACCCCUGCAGUCUGUGAAGGACAUGAAUAAGAAGUCGGUACCAAGGGGCACUCUUGAGUACGUGUCAUCUGAUGGCAUCCUCAUUGCUAGAUGGAAGGACAACAGCAUUGUCACAAUCCUGUCUACGGAUGUUGGCGUGGAGCCCUUGGGCGAGAUUGAUCGGUACUCCAAAGAGGUCAAGAAGAAGGUUCCUGUGACAUGCCCAUAUGUAAUUGCAAAAUACAACAGCCGAAUGGGCGGCAUAGACAAAAGUGAUAUGCUAACGCAUCUUUACAAGACCCCCUUCAAAGCUAAGAAAUACUACAUGAGGCUUUUUGCAUACAUCCUGGACCUGAUUGUAUGCAAUGCAUGGAUCUUAUACAAGAGGGACUGUUUGGCAUUGCAGUGCAAGUGUAUGCCCCUCAAGAGGUUUCGUCUGGACAUCUCUACUUGGCUGAGGAGCUUCAAGAUGUCUACUACCAGGGUCACCAGAACUUCCCUUGGCACUCGAGAUGUCCCUCUGCCUAGGCGGGGUCAAAGGGCGAUCUUGCCAACUGUAGAAGCCCGUCAGGAUGCCACCUCUCUCCAUAUGCCGAAGCAUGUGGAGAUGAGACAGACUUGCAAGUACUGUUCCAACAAGGAUCACAUUCACAGGUCUCGUUGGAUGUGUGAAGAAUGUAAGGUGGCGUUGUGUCUAACUGACACAAGGAACUGCUUUGCUAUGUUCCACAAAGCUGGUUCAGUGUAAUGUACCUAUGCCAUUUUUUUUCUUUGUUAGUAA